AUGCCUGUGUUCCUAUUUCACUUCGAGACAGUCGCCAUGGGUCGUGUCAUCCGCAACCAGAGGAAGGGCCGUGGCUCCAUUUUCACGGCCAACACCCGCCUGAACAAGGCCCCUGCCCAAUUCCGGACCCUCGACUUCGCUGAGGCUCACGGUUACACCCGUGGUGUCGUCAAGGAGAUCAUCCACGAUGCCGGCCGUGGUGCUCCCCUCGCCAAGGUCCAGUUCCGCCACCCCUACCGCUACAAGAUGAUCACCGAGACCUUCAUCGCCAACGAGGGCAUGUACACCGGCCAGUUCAUCUACGCCGGUAAGAACGCUGCCCUGACCGUCGGCAACGUCCUUCCUCUCGCCUCCAUGCCCGAGGGUACCGUCAUUACCAACGUCGAGGAGAAGUCCGGUGACCGUGGUGCGCUUGGCCGUACCUCCGGUAACUACGUUACCGUCAUUGGCCACAACCCCGAGGAUGGCAAGACCCGUGUCAAGCUCCCCCCCCGGUGCUAA